AGGACAUUGUGUGACUCAGGAAGCGGCUCAGACGUGAGGCUUGCAGCAGGCCGAGGAGGAGAGGAAGGGCCAGUGGGAGCAGGGGCGGUGGCCCUGCCUCGGCGAGGGCUCUGAGGGUCCCUGCCUGAAGAGCGAGAGGGCACCUGGGCUUGGGGCCCGGGCUCUGGAAUGCAGCCCCCUUCCCUGCUCCUGCUGCUGCUGCUGCCACCCCCGCUGUGCUUCCCGGCUGUGAUGGGCAGAGGGCUGCUGUGUGGGAGUUUGCCAGACCCCUGUGCCAACGGAGGCACCUGCCUGAGCCUGUCUCAGGAGCUAGGGACCUGCCUGUGUGCCCCAGGCUUCCUGGGUGAGACGUGCCAGUUUCCUGACCCCUGCCAGGAUGCCCAGCUCUGCCAGAACGGGGGCAGCUGCCAAGCCCUGCUUCCCACCCCCCCGGGCUCCCCUGGCCCUCCCUCUCCAUCAGCCCCAGGCUUCUCCUGCACCUGCCCCCCUGGCUUCACUGGCGAGAGGUGCCAGUCCCGGCUCGAAGACCCCUGUCCUCCCUCCUUCUGUUCUGGAAGGGGCCGCUGCCACAGCCAGGCCUCUGGCCGCCCGCAGUGCUCCUGCAUGCCAGGGUGGACAGGUGAGCAGUGCCAGCUUCGAGACUUCUGCUCGGCCAACCCCUGCAUCAACGGAGGCGUGUGUCUGGCCACGUACCCCCAGAUCCAGUGCCGCUGCCCGCCCGGCUUUCAGGGCCACACCUGUGAACAUGACAUCAACGAGUGCUUCCUGGACCCGGGCCCCUGCCCCAAAGGCACCUCCUGCCACAACACCCUGGGCUCCUUCCAGUGUCUCUGCCCCGCAGGGCGGGAGGGCCCACACUGCGAGUUCCGGGCGGGCCCCUGCCCCCACAGGGGCUGUCUGAACGGAGGCACCUGCCAGCUGCUGCCGGGGGCAGACCCUCCCUUCCACCUGUGCCUCUGCCCCACAGGUUUCACAGGCCCGGACUGUGACGUGAAUCCAGACGACUGCGUCAGGCACCAGUGUCAGAACGGGGGCACCUGCCAGGACGGGCUGGGCAGCUAUACCUGCCUCUGCCCAGAGGCCUGGACAGGCUGGGACUGCUCAGCAGACGUGGACGAGUGUGAGGCCCAGGGCCCCGCGCGCUGCAGGAACGGGGGCACGUGCCAGAACUCAGCUGGCAGCUUUCACUGCGUGUGUGUGAGCGGCUGGGGGGGCACCGGCUGCGAGGAGAACCUGGACGACUGCCUCGCUGCCACCUGCGCCCCAGGAUCCACCUGCAUAGACCGCGUGGGUUCCUUCUCCUGCCUCUGCCCACCUGGACGCACAGGCCUCCUGUGCCACCUGGAAGACAUGUGUCUGAGUCAGCCUUGCCACGGCGAAGCCCAGUGCAGCACCAACCCCCUGACGGGCUCCACGCUCUGCCUGUGUCAGCCCGGCUACUCAGGGCCCACCUGCCACCAGGACCUGGACGAGUGUCAGAUGGCACAGCAAGGCCCCAGUCCCUGUGAACACGGCGGCUCCUGCCUCAACACCCCUGGCUCCUUCAACUGCCUCUGUCCACCUGGCUACACGGGCUCCCGCUGCGAGGCCGAUCACAACGAGUGUCUGUCCCAGCCCUGCCACCCCGGCAGCACUUGUCUGGACCUACUUGCCACCUUCCACUGCCUCUGCCCACCAGGCUUAGAAGGGCGGCUCUGCGAGGUGGAGACGGACGAGUGUGCCUCGGCUCCUUGCCUGAACCACGCUGACUGCCACGACCUGCUCAACGGCUUCCUGUGCAUCUGCCCGCCCGGGUUCACCGGCGCCCAGUGCGAGGAAGACAUUGACGAGUGCAGAAGCUCCCCCUGUGCUGGCGGCGGGCGGUGCCAGGACAAGCCCGGAGCCUUCCAUUGCGAGUGUCUCCCGGGCUUUGAAGGGCCACGCUGUGAGACGGAGGUGGACGAGUGUCUGAGUGGCCCCUGCUCCCCGGGGGCCAGCUCCCUUGAUCUCCCAGGAGGUUUUUCUUGCCUUUGCCCUUCUGGCGUCACAGGCCAGCUCUGCGAGGUCCCCCUGUGUGCCCCCAACCUGUGCCAGCCCAAGAAGAAAUGCCAGGACCAGGAAGACAAGGCCCACUGCCUCUGCCCCGACGGAAGCCCCGGCUGUGCCCCCGCUGAGGACAACUGCACCUGCCACCAUGGGCACUGUCAGAGAUCCUCGUGUGUGUGUGAUGUGGGUUGGACAGGGCCAGAGUGUGAGGCAGAGCUGGGGGGCUGUGUCUCUGCACCCUGUGCCCACGGGGGGACCUGCUACCCCCAGGCCUCUGGCUACAACUGCACCUGCCCCGCAGGCUACACAGGGCCCACCUGUAGUGAGGAGGUAACAGCUUGUCACUCAGGGCCCUGUCUUAAUGGUGGUUCCUGCAGCCCCAGCCCUGGGGGCUACUCCUGCACCUGCCCUGCAAGCCACACGGGACCCCAGUGCCAAACCAGCACUGACCACUGUGUGUCUGCUCCGUGCCUCAAUGGAGGUACCUGUGUGAGCAGGCCAGGCACCUCCUUUUGCCUCUGUGCCAUGGGCUUCCAGGGCCCACGCUGCGAGGGAAGGAUCCGCCCUAGCUGUGCAGACAGUCCUUGUAGGAACCAGGCGACCUGCCAAGACAGCCCUCAGGGGCCCCGCUGCCUCUGCCCCCCUGGCUACACAGGGGGCAGUUGCCAGACACUGGUGGACUUAUGUGCCCAGAAGCCCUGUCUACACAGCUCCCACUGCCUCCAGGCUGGGCCCUCUUUCCACUGCCUGUGCCUCCAGGGAUGGACGGGGCCUCUCUGCAACGUGCCUCUCUCCCCCUGCCAGAGGGCUGCGCUGAGCCAAGGCACAGACGUCCCUUCCCUGUGCCAGAAUGGAGGCCUCUGUAUUGACAGCGGCACCUCCUAUUUCUGCCACUGCCAGCCUGGAUUCCAAGGCAGCUUGUGCCAGGAUAAUGUGAACCCUUGUGAGUCCAGGCCUUGCCAGCAUGGGGCCACCUGUGUGGCCCAGGCCAAUGGGUAUCUCUGCCAGUGUGCCCCAGGCUACAGUGGACAGAACUGCUCAAAGGAACCCGACGCUUGCCAGUCCCAACCCUGUCACAACCAGGGAACCUGCACUCCCACACCUGGAGGCUUCCACUGUGCUUGCCCUCCGGGCUUUGUGGGGCUACGCUGUGAGGGGGACGUGGACGAGUGUCUGGAGCGGCCCUGCCAUCCUACAGGCACCGCUGCCUGCCACUCUCUGGCCAAUGCCUUCUACUGCCAGUGUCUGCCUGGACACACAGGGCAGUGGUGUGAGGUGGAGAUCGACCCCUGCCAGAGCCAGCCCUGCUCCCACGGAGGGUCCUGUGAGGCCACAGCUGGACAGCCCCCAGGUUUCACUUGCCACUGCCCCAAGGGUUUUGAAGGCCCCACCUGCAGCCACAGAGCCCCUCCCUGCGGCCUCCACCACUGCCACCAUGGAGGCCUAUGCCUGCCCUCCCCUAAGCCAGGCUUGCCGCCCCUCUGCGCCUGCCUCAAUGGCUAUGGGGACCCCGACUGCCUGACCCCACUGGCUCCUCAAGGCUGUGGCCCCCCCUCGCCAUGCCUGCACAACGGCAGCUGCUCAGAGAGCCCUGGGUUGGGGGGCCCGGGCUUUCGGUGCUCCUGCCCUCCCGACUCCCCAGGGCCCCGAUGUCAGAGGCCCGGUGCGAAGGGGUGUGAGGGCAGAGGGGGAGACGGGGCCUGUGACGCCGGCUGCAGUGGCCCGGGAGGAAACUGGGACGGAGGCGAUUGCUCCCUGGGGGUCCCGGACCCCUGGAAAGGGUGCCCUUCCCACUCCCGGUGCUGGCUUCUCUUCCGGGAUGGGCAGUGCCACCCACAGUGUGACUCGGAAGAGUGUCUGUUUGAUGGCUAUGACUGCGAGACUCCUCCGACCUGCACUCCAGCCUACGACCAGUUCUGCCGCGACCACUUCCACAACGGGCACUGUGAGAAAGGCUGCAACACCGCGGAAUGUGGCUGGGACGGGGGUGACUGCAGGCCCGAGGACGGGGACUCCGAGUGGGGGCCCUCCCUGGCCCUGCUGGUGGUGCUGAGCCCCUCAGCCCUGGAGCAGCAGCUGCUGGCCCUGGCCCGUGUACUGUCCCUGAGUCUGAGGGUGGGACUCUGGGUGAAGCGGGAUGGCGAUGGCCGGGACAUGGUGUUCCCCUACCCUGGGGCCCGGGCCGAAGAAGAGCUGGGAGGAACUCGGGACCCCUCUCAUCAAGAGAGAGCAGCCCCUCACCCACAGCCCCUGGGCAAGGAGACAGACACCCUUGGUGCUGGGUUUGUGGUAGUGAUGGGUGUGGAUUUGUCCCACUGUGGCCCUGACCACCCCGCAUCCCGCUGUCCCUGGGACCCUGGGCUCCUGCUCCGCUUCCUGGCUGCGCUGGCUGCAGUAGGGGCCCUGGAGCCUCUGCUGCCUGGACCCCUCCUGGCUGCCCACCCUCACGCAGGCACUGCGCCCCCCGCCAGCCAGCUCCCCUGGCCGGUGCUGUGCUCCCCAGUGGCCGGGGUGCUUCUUCUGGUCCUUGGGGCUCUUCUCGUCCUCCAGCUCAUCCGGCGUCGACGCCGAGAGCACGGGGCCCUCUGGCUGCCGCCUGGCUUCACUCGCCGGCCACGGACUCAGCCAGCUCCCCGCCGCCGCCGGCCCCCACUGGGCGAGGACAGCAUCGGUCUCGAGACGCUGAAGCCAGAGGCGGAAGUUGAAGAGGACGGAGUUGUGAUGUGCUCGGGCCCUGAGGAGGGAGAGGAGGCUGAAGAAACAGCCCCAGCCCCCAAGUGCCAGCUGUGGCACCUGAGCGGUGGCUGUGGGGUGCUCCCCCAGGCAGCCAUGCUCACUCCUCCCCAAGAGUCGGAGAUGGAGGCCCCCGACGUGGACACCUGUGGGCCGGAUGGGGUGACCCCCCUGAUGUCAGCAGUCUGCUGCGGGGGCGUGGAGUCCAAGAUUUUCCAGGGGACCUGGCUGGGAGGUCCUGAGCCCUGGGAGUCUCUUCUGGAUGGGGGGUCCUGCCCCCAGGCUCACACCGUGGGCACUGGGGAGACCCCCCUGCACCUGGCUGCCCGGUUCUCGCGGCCAACCACGGCACGUCGACUCCUCGAGGCUGGAGCCAACCCUAACCAGCCAGACCGGGCAGGGCGCACCCCCCUCCAUGCUGCUGUGGCUGCUGACGCCCGGGAAGUCUGCCAGCUUCUACUCCGCAGCAGACAGACCGCAGUGGACGCGCGCACAGAGGACGGCACCACACCACUGAUGCUGGCCGCCCGGCUGGCAGUGGAGGACCUGGUUGAAGAGCUGCUUGCAGCCCGAGCAGAUGUGGGGGCCAGAGAUAAAUGGGGGAAAACCGCGCUGCACUGGGCCGCUGCUGUGAACAACGCCCGCGCCGCCCGCUCCCUCCUCCAGGCCGGAGCCGACAAAGACGCCCAGGACAAUAGGGAGCAAACGCCGCUGUUCCUGGCGGCCCGGGAAGGAGCGGUGGAGGUAGCCCAACUGCUGCUGGCGCUCGGGGCUGCCCGAGGACUAAGGGACCAGGCCGGCCUAGCGCCCGGGGACAUCGCCCGCCAGCGGAACCAUUGGGAUCUGCUGACGCUGCUGGAGGGGGCGGAGCCACUAGAAUUACGUCACAAAGCCUCGCCGGGCCGUGAAGCCGGCGCCCUCCCGCGCGCACGGACUGCGUCCGCGAGCGUGCCUCCGCGCGGAGGCGGGGCUCUGCCGCGCAGCCGGACGCUGUCAGCGGGGGCAGGCCCGCGUGGGGGCGGAGCUUGCUUGCCAGCGCGCGCUUUGUCCGUAGACUUGGCCGCGCGCAGGGGCGGGGCGCACUCGCGUUGCCGGAGCGUAUCCGGAGGGGCUGCGGGAGGCCCGCCCCCGCGCGGCCGUAGGUAUUCUGCGGGCAUGCGCGGGCCUCGGCCCCACCCCGAGACGGCGCGAGGAAGAUCCGGGGUCGCGGCGGGGUGUGGAGGCGGGGCCUCAGCGAACGAAUGGCCCUGUGAUUGGGUGGCCCUGGGAGCCUGCGAGCCCGCCUCCGCCACUCCGGUCCCGCUUCCGUGCCUCACUCCGUCCCCUGAGCGGGGAUCCCCUCACGUUGUCUGGGGUCUCCCGAGCGACCGAGCGAUGCCCUUAAUUGCGGGAGAAGAGACUCAGAAAUAGAAGGCUACGCGGAGGGGCGGGGUCCUAAAAAUUACCACCCGUUACAGGACGGGAAGUCUGGAAGGCUAAGGGUCUCAGAUCGAGCCCCGAAAGGGAGACGUCACGAGUUCGCGUCCCCUCCCAAAAUGAGUAUGCCCACCAGACUUGGCGUCGCCUUGCACGUGGAGAAGCUGCAGCUCUGGGAAGGAGGCAGGCCCUGUCCCUCUCCCAGAAAAUACGGGUGAGAGGCCACAGGACAGAGUAAGAACUACAAGCCGAUAGGACAGAAGCUGGUCUUUCCCAUAUAUGGUUUCCAAAGGGAGUCUCUACCGCCCAUUACCCCCUCGGCCCACAAAUGGACCACAAGUAUUUAUUAAACACCUACUGCGCGCCAGGCACUGUGUAGAUGCCGUGGGCGGCCAAGGACCACCCUAGCCGAUGGCUCCUUGUAGUCCCCUCUUCCCCAUCCCCAACAAGAAAACUGCAGGCAUGAAGUCAUUCUUCCAACCAAAGCGAACUCUAUUUAAAGAACCCCAAAUUUGUCAUCUAUAAUAAAUAAAAGCUCAUUUAAAGUGUUA